AUGGAUUCUAACCAGGCAUCCUUGAUCGGCUCUGAUUGGGGAUUUCAAAAAGAGGACCUAUCGCGUACGUUGUACCUACUAGAUUGCUACGUGCCAGCUACUAGACUGCUAGUCUAUUACCAUUCGAUGGUCGUCGCUCUAGAGGCUACCGCCGACAAGAAAUCUGUUAUCCAGAAUGAUCACAUUGCAGGACCUCUGGACAGCCUUUCUCGUCCUUUUGAGACAUUCUAA